UGUUCCAUGUGUCCCUGCCCUCCUGUCAGCGUGGUUAAAGCUCCCAUAGUGGCACGCCACACCACUCAGUAUGGUGCUGCACACUGGGAUUUAACUACUGUAGGCAAAUACAGCAGAGGGAGAACAGAGAGGCCUGUGUGUGUGUAUGUGUGUGUAUCAGACUGCUCAACAGCAUCAUGGACACAGAAUAUUCUAAGAGAGUGUACCAAGGCGUUCGAGUCAAGCAUACAGUCAAAGACCUGCUGGCAGAGAAGCGAUCCAGACAGACAAAUGGGCCCAGAUACAGUGGAGGAUCAACCACUCCACCUUCAUUUGUCCAGAUGCCAGGGUCUCACAUGCUUCCCAGUUAUUACAGCAUGAGACGUCCCUUCAUCUCCGACACAGACUUCUGUCCGUCCACCAAGCAGUUCUCCCCUGACAUGUAUUCCUCCACCCUCACGGGUAAACCUCUGGGCUGUGAGCCCUCUACAAUGACCAGCUACUCGUCCCUCAUUGACAGCUACUACCCAGAGGCCUUUGGUGAUUAUCGCAGCGCUGCCACCUUCUCCAGCUCUGGAGGAUCCUUCCUGCCCUCGUCAGCCCUCUCAUCCCUGCUGCCUCCCUUCAGUGGAGAGUCCUCACAUCUGUUUCUGAGGGACACAUGGGAACAGUCAGUUCCAGAGCCAGUAACCCAGGUGGAGGGUCUCUGUCCAGACAGCCUGGCCUCUGUCAGCAUCCCACCUUCUAUGCCCAGUCCAGAGCCCCCAGGUAGCCCCUCUCAGUACCGAUCCACCAGCCGAGGCUCCUCCAUGGGCUCUGUCUCCAGCAGCCAGCCCUAUACUCUGCACCCCCUGGAGGAUGCCCACUACCACCCCUUAACCUCCAGCAGCUCCUACCCUGUCCCCUCCUCCUCCUUUGCCUGUCCCCCAUACAUGAGCGGCCCUGCCAGUGACCUGGUGUCCAAGAUGGUGACAGAGGAGGCCGACAGCCACAGCAGCCUCCCACCCAAUGGUGAGGCUCAAGCAUCCUGGGCAAAGGAGGAUGGGGUGAGCUCCUGGUCGUCUUAUGAGAUCAGGAGGGCCUACUGACUGGCUGAUGGGCCGGAGUUUCAAGAUUUGGAUGAAGAUGGAGGUUUCACAGACAGUUAUACAAUGAACUCAACAAGCACAUGACAGUACAGAGAAAAUUCUGGGAGGUGUUUUGUUGAUAGGACAAUUUUAAUGCAUUUACAAAGCAUCAAGCUGUCCAUAUUACACCCUGAUCUGUUAGGAAAUUCCUACCUAUUUGUAAGAAAAAAUGAAAAGAAAAGAUAAAAGUGUCUUUUUGUUUGGUUUAUGUGUAAAAGAGUGGGGAAAGUGAAAAGUGCAGAAUAUGGACUUGAUCAGAUAAAAAAUCAUGAUAGGAUGAUGAGAAUUUGUGUUUGCUAUAAAAAAAAAUUUAAACAUGAACAUGUAAAAAACAAAAAAAGACCUUUAAACUUACAUGGUCCUUGUACCACCAGGGGUACUUCUGCAGUCACCAGUGUGUAUUUUAGUAAAUUUGUGGAGUAGUGCAACUGAUUUUGAAAAAACAAAAAUUAUCAUAUAGUAAAAUGUAAUGUGUAUAUGUCUACAUAUUUGUGUUUAUUUCAGAUUGGUGUGCAGCUGAACUUUAGUGUAUUUACUGUCCAAAUAACCCAUAAAUUACCAACUACAGCAGACCAGAUGUAACCUCUGCUGAAGCUAAUCCCAGCUGACACUGUAUCGCAGGGGUUACCAACAUAUAUUUGGGCCUGCUGUAGCUGGUAGUUUAUGGUAACACUUCACUUUAACCUCCUUCAUUUAUAAAUCAAAAAGUACUAUAUAAACAAAUACAGAUGGUUUAUAACACACUAUAACACAUGUUUUAUCAUAGAUUGCAUUAGGUGAAUUUUAAAAAUCUUUAUAAUUCUAAAUCUUUAUAACAUCCUGUUAUAUAUUUAGAAUUUUGAUGAAUUUCCAAUUGUACUACAUACUGACUUAAAAUACAGCAUGCAUCAAUGAAUUUAUUAAUUACACAUAUAUAUGUAUAAAUCCUUCACAGAUAAAUUUUAAAACAACUAUGAAUCUAUAUGUAACAUUCAGUAAUUCCUUACACAUCAGUUUUGAAUGCUUCACUGUUAACAAAGACAUUAAUAAACACUUAGGCUAUAAGUAUCCUUAACACUUAGAAAUAUGUUUACAACUACUCCAUAGUGUCUUACAGUGUAGUAGGUUUAUUCCAUUUCACAGCUGUUUGCAUAAGUUGUUUAUAAAUGUUUAAAAUGGGGGUUAAAAUAAAGUGUUGCUCAUAAGACUUUCCCUCUUUUUCAUCAAGAUUUUUCAAUCAAAUAACUGAGAAAAAAUCUGAUUGGAUCGCCUUUAUUGUCUAAACACACACUUCUGUCAUGUUCAGCAUGUCUAGAACUGUCUUUGUCAGUGACUGUAAUGUUUUUCAUUUCCAUUACAUUUUUUUCUUACCUCGAAAUCAUCUGCAAAGUUAAGGCAAAUACCAAUUAACAGUCUUUGUAUUGUAUAUCAUUCCAUAGUUUUAUACAUACUGUAUUUGUGUGUGUUUCUAUAAAAUGCCACUGUUCUAAAUUUAAUAGAAAUUUUAUGUUUGAUGAAGAAAUAAAAGUUGUAGCAAACAUGGAAGAAGACUUAAA